ACUUUGAACCCGUAUAAAUUGGCUGACGAAGUCUUCGUCGGAGUCAGUCUAAAAACAGCUGCUGCGCUAAGUAAUAACUCUAAGAACAAAACUUCUCAAAAUGUUCAGACCUAUGAUUUUUCUUGCCUUAAUGUGCCUAGCUGCUGCUGAGAUUUAUAAGGAAGACUUUGCUCAUCCAAAGUAUAAGUUUCAGUACGGAGUAAAAGACUUUCAUACUGGCGAUAGCAAGGAUCAAUGGGAGCAUCGUGAUGGUGAUAUCGUGAGAGGUCAAUAUACAUUGUACGAGGCGGACGGUACCAAGCGAGUAGUGGAGUACACUUCAGACAAGCAUAAAGGUUUCCAGGCUCACGUGAAGCGUGUAGGUCAUGCCCAGCAUCCCCAACUAUACUCUUCAGACGCGAAUGACCAACAUUUUGUAGGUUCCAAAGGCCACGCUAGUAGUUAUGCUAACUUGUAUCAACAACAUCACUAA